GAAACCAUGGAAAUGGAACAGCCACUGUGUCUGAUUGAGUGUACAACAACAAAUCAACUGCAGGUGAACCAGGAGGCCCUGAAGAUCCUGAGCUCCUUUGAGCAGCCUGUGGUGGUGGUGUCUAUUGUGGGCAAGUACCGCACUGGCAAAUCUUACCUGAUGAACAGACUGGCUGGGAAGACCAAAGGCUUCCCUCUGGGCUCGACUGUCCAGUCUGAGACAAAGGGCAUCUGGAUGUGGUGUUUGCCUCACCCCUACAAAGAUGACCAUACACUGGUUCUGCUGGACACAGAGGGUCUAGGAGAUGUGGAGAAGGGAGAUGAGAAAUAUGACACAUGGAUUUUUGUACUGGCUAUCCUCCUGAGCAGCACCUUGAUCUACAACAGCAUGGGCACCAUCGACAAUGAUGCAAUAAUGAAACUACAGUUUAUGACAGAGUUGACAAAGUUCAUCAAGGUGAGAUCCAGCAGUGAAGAUGAGGAUAAAUCCUCCUCCGAGUUUGUCCAUUUCUUCCCCUCCUUUGUGUGGGCAGUGAGAGACUUCACUCUGAACUUGAAGCUCAGUGGAAAAAAAAUCUCUGCUGAUGAAUAUCUGGAGAUGGCUCUAAAACGUAAAGAAGGUGAUAUUAAGCACACUGCUGCAUAUAAUGCCCCACGUGAGUGCAUCAGACAGUAUUUCCCCCAGCGGAAGUGCUUUGUGUUCGACAUGCCUUCCUCAAAGGAGAAACUACAGACAUUGGAGCAAAUGAGCAGUGAUGACCUAGAUGCUACCUUUGUCAGUCAAACAACUGACUUCAUCAGUACCAUUCUCAGAUGGACUGAGAAGAAGGUUGUUGAUGGGAAAAUGGCUGUCACUGGGAAUAUGCUGGCUCAUCUGGUGGUUACCUAUGUGGACACUGUUCGGAGUGGGCAGGUUCCAUGUCUAGAGAAUGCGGUGUUGGUCCUGUCUGAAAUCAAAAACUCCAAAGCUGUUCAGCAGUCGCACACCCUCUACAGGCAGCUGCUGGGAGAGCAAGUGAAGCUGCCCACUGAGACACAGGAGGAGCUCUCCAGUGUUCAUGAGGAUUGCAAGAAGGAGGCACUGCAGCUCUUCAUGGACCACUCCUUCAAUGAUGAUGACCAGCGCUACCAGAGAGAACUCAUUAAGCACAUAAAUGAUGAUUAUGAGAAAAAGUGUCAGGAAAACGCAGAGUGUUCCCAGAAACACUGCACUGAUUUACUGAAGCAGAUGUUGCGUUGCCUGGACACAGACUCCUUCAAGAGACGAGGAGGUUACAAAGAUUACAUGAUCCAGCUGAACAUCAUAAUUCAGAAAUACAAAGAUACACCUGGCAAAGGCAUCAAGGGUGAACAUGUAUUGGAGGCUUUCAUGGAACAAAAUAAGACAAUUCAAGGAUUCAUCCAACAAGAAGACAUCCGCCUCACAGAGAAAGAGAAGGAAAUAAAGGUAAAGGAGUCAUAUGCCCACUACAAGCAGCUGAUGGAAGAGCAAGUGAAGCUGCCCACUGAGACACAGGAGGAGCUUGACAGAGUUCAUGAGGAAUGCAAGAAGGAGGCACUGCAGCUCUUCACGGACUGCAACUUUGAGGAUGAGAACCAGCUAUGCCAGAGAGAACUCAUUGUAAGAACUAUUUCACACCCAGAAUGUAUCAUGUAG